GUAAAAAAAAAAAAACAAGAAAGUUGAAAAACACUCCCUCAAGCUACUAAUAAAAACAGAUUAUUCAUACUUGAAUCGUGGAUUUCAGAUUCGUUUCUUCAAUGUAGAUGCUAGGGUUAGGGUUUUCUUCGUUUGAUUUUGUUGCUAAGUAUUGGGAGGUUGGUUUCAAACUGAAUCGGAUAUAUGAUGCUUUGUUCUUCAUUCAGAAGUCGGAUACAGAAUUUUCUUCGUGACUAUGAUAGGCUACAGUUCUUCGCUGUUAUUCUCAUUUACAUUCAAAUUGGCUGCGCUUUGGUUGGAUCGCUUGGAGCAUUGUACAAUGGUGUUUUGCUGAUUAAUUUGGCCGUUGCUUUGUUCGCUCUUGUCGCAAUUGAGAGUAGCAGUCAGAGCCUUGGCCGAACUUACGCCGUUCUGCUUUUCUUCUCCAUUUUGCUCGACAUCUCUUGGUUCACUCUCUUCUCUCAUGAGAUAUGGAACAUUUCUUCUAAGGAUUUUGGCCACUUUUUUAUCUUUUCAGUGAAACUCACACUGUCAAUGGAAAUUAUUGGGUUUUCUGUGAGAUUAUCUUCCUCAUUCCUAUGGAUUCAGAUGUACAGGUUGGGGGUUUCACAUGUAGACAGUACAGUUUCUCGAGAGGCAGAUUUUGAUUUAAGAAAUAGUUUUUUGAAUCCUACAACUCCUACUAUAGUUAGACAAUCCUCAGACUCCGAUGAAUUUUUAGGAGGCUCUAUAUAUGAUCCUGCUUAUUACUCAUCACUUUUUGAAGAUGGUCAUGGUAAUCAAUAUGAGGGUCAGAAUUAUAUGGCUGAGGGUGGCUCUACGUCUGCUGCUGGAUCUUCUCCUCAACUGAAAGCAUCCAUAGGCAGAUCUUUCCAGGCUGUAGAUGUUGAGACUGCCGUAUGCAAUCGUCAGAAGAACUGAAUUCGAGUCGGGGGGAAUGAAGAAAAAAAAAAAAGAAAGAAAAACGAAGGGAGAUUUUAAUGGGAGUAUGUCAUGUGUGAAAUCUACGUGCUUGGCCCCACUCCUCGCACGCAUCCAUUUGUUUUGAGAUUUGGUUUAACUCCAUGCGGCCAGGGUUGCGACGGGGGAAGUGGGCUUUGUACAGUCAUCAUUUUUUGUUUCAUUCUUUUUUCCAGGACAAGUGCUGCUAAUAUUUCAUUGUGUAAAAGAAACCCGUCCUGCUUAUCCUCCUGCAAGGACUCGUAAAUUCCAAAGGUUUUGCCAUAUUAAAAGUCAUUAUUUCACUUUCUAA